AUGGAUCAAGUUAUUGAAGAACUAAGGCAGAGGUUAAGUUCUGAACAUAUACCAGACAGACCCAAUGUGGAAAAUGUGCGCUUUGAUGUCAUGCGUGAUCGAAUAAUGGAUGCAAUCAAUAAAUUUAAUGGAGCUCCUUUUACAAUCCAGAGAUUAUGUGAGCUCCUAGUUGACCCUAAACGACACUACAGACGCAGUGACAAGUUCUUGAGGGGCCUAGAGAAGAAUGUGUUGGUUGUUAGUACGGUGGAUCCUUUCGGGAGGAAAGUGGUAUCAGAAUCUGGAAUCAAGCAUCUUGUUAAUGGUAUAGACAGCAACGGAUCUCCUUUCUUUCCACGAGAUUCAAACAUAACUUCCAACUUGCCGCCUGUUCCAGGCUGGGUUACUACGUCAUCACCUCGUCCACAAAAUACUCCAGCAACAGAAACCUCAGCACAGAAGCCACCAGAACAGAAAUCCCCAACCUCCUCACUUCCUGCCAGCAGGGGAGAUUCUGGCAACGGUUUUAGUUCUCUUGAUGCAGACCAGAAGGAAGCAGCUGUACACUCAGAGGUUGUUGUAGAGGAGACAGUGGUUACCAUGGACACAAGUGAGACCGGCACGGUGGCAACGGAUGGGGGCGAGGCUAUGGCAGAGGUUGAAGACAAUGAAGAGGAAAUGCAAGGAGAUGACACAAGUGCUUCCUCAUCCUCUUCUUCCCCUGAAGUAUCUGAUACAGGUGAGAGUUCAGCCGCACAGACAGAAACCAAUUCUGCAAUGACCUCAUGUGCACAAGCAUCGACAUGGACUUCAGACAGCAGUGAAACAGACAACAGUAUGGAUACCUCCUCUUCUGAUUGCAACCAGUAUUCUAGUGAUUCCUCAGUGUCAUCACAUGAUGUACAGCAGUCACCCAGUGAACAGGCGGAGCUCACUUCAUCUUCUGAAGCAAGCUCACCUCAAGAAGGAUGUUUAGAGACAAAUGAUCUGGUUGAUACCCUUGCAGAAUCUAGUUCAGAGUCAGCUUCUUGCAGUUUGCAUGACCAGGAGUCUUCAGCUAAAAGUUCCGAUACUUCAGCUGUCACAGACAAUGUGGCAGCUUUACCAACUGGCUCAGAUUUUCAUGAGUCGGAUAAUGGCGAUUCUUGCAGCACGGCAGCUUCAGACAGUUCUACAGGUACUGAUGAAAUGCCUUCAUCAACUGAUUCAUCUUCUUGUGCUGCUGACUUAAAGAGUCACGAACCUUUACCAUCUACUGCUAGCAGUCUUACUGAGGUGGCCACCUCCUUGACCACUGAUUUACUUCCCAGCAGCACGACUUUGGUCAGGGCAGAAACACAGGACAGCGUGGCAGGUCUAGAAAGACUUGUGGACUCUGUAGAUUCAUCUGUCUUGCAAGCUCCAUUCUCUUCGGUGUCUGCACUGCCUCUGUUAGCUUGUAGCCUCGAACAAAAUUCUGAACCCCCAACAUUGUCUUCAGUUGACUCCUCGUUGGAUUGUAAAGAUACUGAUACUAAGCAUCACAAACUGUCGGAGGAGGGACUAUCUUCUGUCAGUGCGUCUUACAGCAUUCAGGAAUCAACAUCAUCAGAAGCAGUAGCUUCAUCAUCAGGUGACACUUCCAUAAAAUCAGACACUCUGUCAGACUCCACUGUCGGAACACCAAAUGCUACAACUGAGGAUCAGAACACUGAACUCAUUGAACCUCCAACUACAGUAGCAUGUCGUGCAGAGGCUGCGGAGGGCUCUUCAGUUGUUACUAGUGACAGUGGAACAUCACUGCCACCUCAGCUUUCAUCACCUGACGACAGCCAAGGAUUUGAUGUUACAGAAAACAUGUCAAAUGACAAAACUGAAGCUGAAAGUGAUCUCAGAAACUGA